GCAUUUCGAAUUACAUUUUUCACACGUUAAUUAUAAUCACUCAAUCUGAAGCAUUAGAGAUGACAAAGCAAACAGGCAUGCAGUUGGCCUCAAUCGACGAGCAGAAACCGUUAAGCCAACACCAGCAACAACAAAUCAACGUUCCGGUUGCUUCACAUUCAAACUCAGGGCCACCACCACCGAAGCUACCUCGUUCGGAUCUAAUUAACGGACCUAGAGAAGAUUAUCUCAAAAUCGGCAUCCCUCUAUAUGAAGCAUCAAUAAAAUGUGAUUGGAAAGCCGCAAAAGCCAUUUUUGAGAAGUAUCCACAUAUGGAGUUGGUAAGGUGCAGCAUCACCGAAAAUGGUGAAACGGCGCUUCAUGUGGCUGCAUCUGCAAAAGGUCCUAAACAUAUUGAAGACUUUGUGAAAAAUCUGGUGGAUCAGAUGGACAAUGAUGACUUAGCACUUCAAAACAAUAAUCACAACACCGCUCUCUAUUUAGCAGCUGCAUCUGGAAACAUUAAAGCGGUUAAAAUUAUGAUGGAAAGGAACAUUGCCUUGCUUACAAUCGCCGGUAGUAAUGGAACAAUGAUGCCAUUGUACACGGCGGCGUUGUUUGGAAAUGAGGACGUGGUGAAGUAUUUGUACAAUAACUCCAAGCAGUUGUGCGAUGAUGGUUGGACACCCCAGAAUCGUGGUUGGCUGCUUUUGAAAUGUGUUGAGAAUGAUUUAUUCGAUGUCGCCUUAGAGAUAGUGAAAACUUAUCCGGAACUUGGUACUGGGAGUGUACUCGGAGUUUUAGCGCGUAAGCCUGAAGCAUUUCCUGAAAUAAAAAUUGAUUUCAUUUCAAGAACCAUCAAUUGGGGUAAAUAUCACUGCUCCAAGAUGAUUAUUACACAUCAACCAUCACAAAAUAAGUAUAUAGAUUCGUCUCGAAAGCAUGAACCAUUUCCUGAAUCAAAAUAUAACAUCUUCAAGUCAGUUUCGGCAUUCAUUGGUGUAAAGGGGGGAUCUCGUGAAAAGGAAGAUUACGCAAUGCAAUUAUUAAGAAUCAUUUGGGGAAAUAUUGCGAAAAAAUCUAAGAAAGACAUCGAUGAUAUAAUAAGAGGACCUGCUGAUUUGAAGCAAGACGACAAGCAAACUUCUGGAAUUAUAGACCAAACUCUAAAACUACAAAAACUCAUCUCUGAACGUAUAGUGAGCAUGCAUGUUGAAAUUCAAAACAAAAUUAGAGGCGUGAUGCUAGAUAUCAGAAAGGAAGAUCAAGCUCUACAGCUUGAAAAACUUAUUUCUGAACAUAUAGCCAAAAUGCAUGUUGAAACACAAAACAUAAUUAAAGGGCCAACAACUUUGAAUUUUCCACAUGUUGCAUUGUUGGGAAAUACAAAGAAAACACACUCUUCUCGAAUAUUGUUUGUUGCUGCAGAAAUGGGUAAUGUUACAUUUGUAGUUGAGCUCAUCCGUCAGUAUCCGGAUCUCAUAUGGAAGGUAAAUGAUAACAAUCAAAGUAUCUUUCACAUUGCUGUUAAACAUCGCCAUGAAGGUAUCUACAACUUGUUAUACGAGAUAGGCUCAAUGAAGGAUUUGAUUACUCCGCUCAAAGAUAAAAAAGACAACAAUAUGUUGCAUUUAGUUGGGAAGAGUGCAAAGCAAAAACGACUAGAGGAUGUAUCAGGAGUUGCUUUACAAAUGCAACGAGAACUAUUAUGGUUUAAGGAAGUAGAGGCGAUGAUCCCUCCUUCUUAUAGAGAAAGGAAGAAUAAGGAUGGUCUAACUCCGUAUGAGUUAUUCACAAAGGAACAUAAUGAACUGGUUACACAAGGGGAGAAGUGGAUGAAAGGAACAGCUAGUCAAUGUAUGGUUGUUGCAGCCCUUAUUGCAACUAUAGUAUUUGCUGCAGCUUUUACGGUUCCAGGUGGAUAUGACCAAACCAAUGACAAAACCAACGGCCAACAAAAUGGUAUUCCUGUCUUCCAUUCCAAAGCAUCCUUCAUGGUUUUUGUUGUGGCAGAUGCCAUUUCUCUGUUCGCAUCCUCAACUUCAAUUCUUAUGUUCUUAUCUAUCCUCACGUCUCGUUAUGCUGAACGUGAUUUCUUGGAAUCUUUACCUACAAAAUUGAUGUUAGGACUGGCAACUCUUUUCCUUUCUAUAAUGACCAUGACAGUCGCUUUUAGUGUCAGCUUUUUCGUACUUUACCGUAAGGGUUUGUUAUGGAUGCCGAUCAUCAUCUCCGUGUUUGCAGUGUUACCUGUCCUCCUAUAUAUGGUGUUACAAUAUGGUCUGUUUAUCGAUGUAAUUAGAUCGACGUAUGCUUCUAGGUACCUCUUUAAACCUCAAAAACAUGUUCUGUACUAUAGAAACCCAAAGGUCUAAAAAUUGUCAUUUAUUUAUUGUAAUUAUUUGUUUAGGCUGUAAUUUGUAAGAUGAGUAUGCAUUUUUUUUC